AUGUCCUACACACCCGACCCCUCCCUCCCUCACCCCCAGUUAUCCGAUAUCGAUGAGGAGUUUGAGUUGCUGGAUGUGUCGGAGACUAAGCAUGAUCCCAAUCCUAAGACUAGUAAGUCUAAGUCUAUUGGCAGAGGGACUGUGACUGGGUCUGAUGCCUCAAAUGAACCUGAGACCAAGACCAGAAUCGAAACCAAGAUGGAGAUUAAGAACAACAACACCCCCAUGACCGACACCAACACCAAAUCCAAAUCCAGAACUCACCUACCUAACCUCAACUAUUACGAACCCACCCCCAGACCCUCUCCCUCCAGUGAAAUCAUCCACGAAAACACCUUCCCCGUGAUCGACUACACCAUUCCCAUUCCCAUUCCCAACCCCCACAACGAAACCAACAACGACCCCCAAAUCCCACUCCUCGAGGAAUCCUACCUCGAGAGAUUACGAUCCCUCAAAGCAGAUACCAAAACCCAAACUACACCCACCACCACCACCGAAACCAACGAACCUAAACCAGAAUACGACUUCGAAUUCGGCACCCACACCACCCCCGACCCAACACAAAUCUUCAGUCCGAGUCCUCAUCCCCGAACGGCCAGCACGAACUUCACUUACCAUCCCUUCUUCGGGACUCCGCCUAACAUAGCCAGCUCCAUUCCUAACCAAGGCGGAAACUGGCCCGGGGCAGGACCCGGCCUUCCUCCUCGACCGGACCGUCCGUUUCGGUUUCGGGGGGGAAAUCAUCAUGGCAUGACAUUUGAGGCUGCGGACGAAUUUCCUUCUGUCAAUUCCCCCUCAAAGGCGAACAGCACAAACCCAACCCCAGACCCAUUCCAAGGAAACGAACCCCUCCUCAAAUCCCUCAAUCCCACCGAAACCCUCAACGAAACAUUCACCAAGUUAGCGCACUACUUCACCAUCUUCCCCGAAGAGCCGCUCGAACGAAGAACCCUCAUCGUCCGAGAACUCGUCACGGCAUUGUCUCUGAUCUCGAAGCGGACGGAAGCUGGGGAACUUGAUUUCGGGGAUGUCACGGCGGGGGAGAAAGUGAUGGUGGUGGUGCGGGUGUUGGCGUUGAGGUUGGGGUUGGGGGAGUGGGAACGGGGGUUGGAGGUGAGGGAGCGGGAGGUGAAGAUGAAGAUGAAGAUGAAGAUGGAGGGGGAGGUGGAGGUGGAAGGGGAGGUGAAGAGGUUGGAAGAGGAGCUGGGAAAGGCGAAGAAGACGAUUGAGGGUUUGAGGAAGGAGAAUCGUUGGUUGGUGUGGGAGCGGGGAAACUGAAAGAGGAAGACUUGGGAGCUGAGUCUUGAUGGGGCGAGAUGGCCGGAGUUGGAAGUUCCUGGGCGGAAUGAUGAGAUCAACGCGGUGGCGAUGCCGUGCUGAAUCAAAUGGGAAAAUUGUUGCUAGGAUGUCUAUCUAGU